UUAUUCUUCUCCUCCAUGACAUUGUCCAGCGCACUUGGUCACUACAUUGUGUCAUAUUUUUGUUUUUGGACUCAUUGAGUAGCAUGCACGGUAAUAACACAGUUACUUGUUUAACGGUAUGAAGACAAUCAGUUUACACAAUUUAGACAUUGGACAUAUUGAAUUUGACCUUACAGUCAUAACAACUGUUACAUCGCAAUUUUAAAAUAUACACAUUCAAAAUCCUUUUCUAACUAAUUUAUCUUUAGAUAGUCAGGUUAUACUUAUUUCAAGCUCUCGUCAUAAGACAUCCGUUCACACUGAUAUUUUUGAUUUGUCUUGUUACUGUUUCCCUUAUGCCUUUCUUCUUCAGAUUAAGACAAAUACGUUUUUCUACACAACACAAAACACGCAAUGUGAUUCCAAACUAAAUGCAAAUCUAUCAACAGUUUAUUGUUAUGAUGUCAAACAUUUUAUCUCAUUGCAGAUCACUCACAAUCAUGAUUUCAGUUGGACAUUUAUCGAAAUUAUCAGCAUACGCUCUCUUAUUUUCUGAAUCUUAGUACUAAACAUUUCUAAAGUUGGUGAUCAGAUGAUCACCUUUGAACCACUAUUAGAUUUUACUUGCUUGUCAUAAUUUCUGACGUGAACCUUGUACUUACUACUUUCGUCAAUUUCAACAUGGUAGAAAUUAGUGAAAGAAUAGUUGAAGAUUACAAAUGUGAGCCGCCCCCAAAUCACCUUUUGAACACAGAAAUUUUUUGGAAGAUGGGGUGCAAUAAAUUCAUUGCCGUUGAACCAGCAGAAAUAUAUUUUGAUAAUAUUAGUUUUCGGUCUCAAAAGUCCGGAAUAAUGAAACAGUUUGAAUUAAAAAAUAUAUCUGACCGCGUGACACGUUUACACAUUUUGCCUCCAGAUACCAAGUACUUUCGACUGUCGUAUAAACAGCCGAAGUGUUUGGUACCUGGUUAUAGUAUUACGUGCCAUCUGAUAUUUUUCCCUGAUAAGCCAAGUUACUAUGAAGACUGUAUACGUGUGCAUACUGAAGAUCAUGAGAAUCAGUUAAUCGUUCCAAUCUAUGCUUAUCCUGUGAUAGGCGACUUUGAGUUUCCAGAGUUCAUUGAAUUUCCAUCAACAAAUAUUGGGAAAAAAAAAACCCAUCAUAUCCCAAUUAAGUCUUCUUCGGCAGUCGAUUUUGAGUUUCGAAUUCAAAUUAUACAUAUCCAUCCAAGUUUCUCAAUACAACCAGUGAAAGGAGUUUUACAUGCUGGUCAAAUCACUGAAUUGUUAAUUGAUUUUCAACCAAACAGCUAUUCAACAUGUGAAUUAAAAUUCGAAUUACAUAUUGCUCAAGUUAAUUUUCAACCAAAAUGUUGUACAGUUAUUGGAAAUGCAUUACCUGGAUUAGAAAGUUCAUCUCAUUCAUGUUAUGAUGACGAUGAAAAUCUCUCAGAAUUACUGGAUACAAAUCAAUGUGAAAUUGGUCAAAGCUUACCUAAUCGACGAAUGAAAAAGUCAAAAUAUUCCUCACAAAUAAUAAAAAGUAUAAAAACCCCAAAAUAUGAAAUUACAUGUCCACAUCAUUUAGUGAAAUUUCUUUUGGGCAGUCAAGAAAACUCAUUUCUAGUCAACGAAAUAACACAACAACAGAAGGAUUAACUAGACAACAG